GCUCCGGGAGGCCAUACUGCGCUCGAGUCGGGGCGGUGGAGUACACGCGGAAUCGCCGGAGCGAGUGCUGAGUCGGUGCCGCCGCCGGCUUCCCCCUUACCCCGGACGCUGGGAGACGCUUCGGGGCCGCAGAGGCUUGUGGGGCAGCCACAAAAUGGAGGCGAACGGGAGCGGCAGCGGGAGCAGCAGCGACUCGGCUCCCGACUGCUGGGAUCAGGCGGACAUCGAGCCGGGCAGCGGCGCUGGCCCGGGGUCCGCCCCGCCGGCCGCGGAGGCCGAGGCCCAGCAGGAGCUGCUCGGGGCGGCCUUCAGCCGGCAGCUGAACGUCAACGCCAAGCCCUUCGUGCCCAACGUCCAUGCCGCCGAGUUCGUGCCGUCCUUCCUGAGGGGGGGCCCGGCGCCCGGCCUGCCGCCACCCUCGCCCCCGCCCGGCCUGCCGCCGCCGCCGCCGCCCCACGGUGCACCUGUAGAAACUUCUCCAGAGGAGCAGACAGCCUCUUGUGAAGGUUCAAAUGCUGCUGUUAACAUGGAAAUUUCAGAAUCUGUUGUGGAAAAUGGAGAGACAGAAAUGUCCCCGGAAGAGUCAUGGGACCACAAAGAAGAAACAAGUGAAGCAGAGCUAGGAGGUGGUCCCGCAGGAGAUGCAGGGCCUUCUGAAGAAAGCGCUCAGGAAAUGAUGGAAGAGGAGGAGGAAAUACCAAAACCGAAAUCUGUUGUAGCACCGCCAGGUGCUCCUAAAAAAGAGCAUGUAAAUGUAGUAUUCAUUGGGCACGUAGAUGCUGGCAAGUCAACUAUUGGAGGACAAAUAAUGUAUUUGACAGGAAUGGUUGACAAAAGAACACUUGAAAAAUAUGAAAGAGAAGCUAAAGAAAAAAACAGAGAAACAUGGUACCUUUCAUGGGCCUUAGACACAAACCAAGAAGAACGAGACAAAGGUAAAACAGUAGAAGUGGGUCGUGCCUAUUUUGAAACUGAGAAGAAACACUUCACUAUUCUAGAUGCUCCUGGACAUAAGAGCUUUGUUCCAAAUAUGAUUGGUGGGGCUUCUCAAGCUGAUCUUGCUGUGCUGGUUAUUUCUGCAAGAAAAGGAGAGUUUGAAACUGGAUUUGAGAAAGGUGGACAAACAAGAGAACAUGCCAUGUUAGCAAAAACAGCAGGUGUAAAACAUUUAAUAGUUCUUAUUAAUAAGAUGGAUGAUCCAACUGUAAACUGGAGUAAUGAAAGAUACGAGGAAUGUAAAGAGAAACUGGUGCCAUUUUUGAAGAAAGUUGGCUUCAAUCCCAAAAAGGAUAUUCAUUUCAUGCCCUGCUCAGGACUGACUGGAGCAAACCUUAAAGAACAGUCAGAAUUCUGUCCUUGGUAUAUUGGAUUACCGUUUAUUCCAUACCUGGAUAAUUUGCCAAACUUCAACCGUUCAGUUGAUGGACCAAUCAGGCUGCCAAUUGUGGAUAAAUAUAAGGAUAUGGGCACUGUGGUCCUUGGGAAGCUGGAGUCGGGCUCUAUUUGCAAAGGACAACAGCUUGUGAUGAUGCCAAACAAGCACAAUGUGGAAGUUCUUGGAAUCCUUUCUGAUGAUGUAGAAACUGAUUCAGUAGCCCCAGGUGAAAAUCUAAAGAUCAGACUGAAGGGAAUUGAAGAGGAAGAGAUCCUUCCAGGAUUUAUUCUCUGUGAUCCCAACAACCUGUGUCAUUCUGGACGCACGUUUGAUGCCCAGAUAGUGAUAAUUGAGCACAAAUCCAUUAUCUGCCCAGGUUAUAAUGCUGUGCUGCACAUCCACACCUGUAUUGAAGAAGUUGAGAUAACAGCCUUAAUCUGCUUGGUAGACAAAAAAACAGGAGAAAAAAGUAAGACACGGCCCCGUUUUGUGAAACAAGAUCAAGUAUGCAUUGCCCGUUUAAGGACAGCAGGAACUAUCUGCCUUGAGACAUUCAAAGAUUUCCCUCAGAUGGGUCGCUUUACCUUAAGAGAUGAGGGUAAGACCAUUGCAAUUGGAAAAGUUCUGAAACUGGUUCCAGAGAAGGACUAAGCAUUUUUCUCAAUGACCCCCGCACAAUACUGUGAGGAAAAUCGACUCUGCAAAAGCCUACUUCACACCGCCUUCUUAUUUUCUGCCCAUUGAUAAACUUCUCCCCAUAUUUUGCAAAGACAAAUUUCACAGCAAAGGUCCACAUUAUGUCAGCUUUCUCAUAUUGAGAGCUCUGCUAUGCCACUGUUGAAUUUUCCCAAAAAGAAUUUUUUUUUCUCCCAAAUUCUGCUUCCUUGGAAAGAUUCGGCAAUAGCUUUGUAAGUGAUGUGGACAUAAUUGCCUAUAAUUAUGAAAAUCUAAAGGAUUUUUAAUGUUUAAUUUCCCCCAGCAUAUAUAUUAAGACCUCUUUUUCCAGGCAGAUCAUUCAGAGUGUGCGAGUGUGUGUGCACAUGUUACAAAGAUGACUACCAUGUUAAUAAACUAUUCAAUUUGAAAUCUUUUUCGGUAUUUGAAUUGCUUUUGAAUAAUGUUUUUUAUCCAGAUGUAACACAGUUGCAUUAGCUUUUUAACUUUCCAGUAACCUGGAUAUUUGGUUACUUGGACUUUUCUAAACUCCUCAGCCUCCCCACACACACAGUUUUAAAUGAGGCAAUUGGGCACUCAACCAAGUUUGUAUUAAAAUAAUUAAGUUUGCCCCUUCCCUUUGUUGAAUGCAUUCUUAAAAUUAAAAAACAUUCAUGCAAAUGUGGCACCUUCAUUAGCUUUACAUUUGUUAAUAUCUUCAGCAAAUCUAGGUUGACUUAACAUCAUUACUAGACACAGUAAGUCAAUUUUGAAGGCUAGAACUACAUAUUGUGUCUUUAUAAAAAUUCAGCAUUAUUAAAUUUUUAACUGCAGAAAAUGCUAGCCACCAGUAAAUCAGUGAAACUUGCAAAAAUAAGAGAAUUUGUGGCAAUAGUGCCUAUUAGUAUUUAUAAGAGCUGCAUUUUGUGGGAGAACUGGGCUAAUUAAAAAGUGCCAGUUAUAUAAAUUACUCAGUUCACCCUGUCUUUAAAUUAGAGGGCUGGAUAAUCCUUGCUGUUUUAAAGAUCAGUCUGAACUGAGAGGGAGAAAACUAUUUAAAUCCCUAGGAGUUUGCACAUACGGAAAUAUGGGAGGGUCAGAAUCAAGCACAGUCUGUAAAUUUUUGCAUAUCAAAAAGCAAUGUAAGCUUAUGAGGACCAGUGAAGUUUUUCUUGAGAAAUUAAAGCAAAACUGGUUCAAAAUAAAGCUUACUCAGUACAACUUGAAGGAGCUGCAUAAUAAAACCCUAUUUAGCUGCACUUUGAAAGUGGACUGUCUACAAUUGCUAUCCUGAUUCUAACAAUUAGGAUGAAGGCUAAUGGAUUUUUUUUAUUUCCCAGAGUACUAGUAGUUAGGUAUUAAAAGGUAUCUUCAGAGCUUCUUCAGAAUGUCUUAAACUAAACAUUUUCAGUUGUACAAUUGUGGUGAGCCCAUCUCCUCCCCCAAAAGUUUACAGUCUAGUGACUGUAUCUGAAUUCACAGAUAACUCAAAACUGAAACAGAUUUAACCUUUUUGGGUUUUGGUUUUUUUUUUUUUUGGUUUUGUUUGUUUCUUUGUAACUGUGGAACUCCCAUUCAUUUCACUUACAGCUACAUUGUAUGGACAGAAGAAGUUAUUGUCCUUCAGUUUCAUAUGACUACACUUGUAGCUACCGUAAUGCAUGGAAUUUAAAUAAAUUUUAUUAUGUCUGCAAA